UAUAUUCAAUAAGAUUUGAUUCAAGUCAAUUUUUGUUUUCUCCUACAAAUCAUAACACAUAAAACAUUUAAUCAAAUCAAAUCAAUAGAUCGAUUAAUUAUUUUAAUUAUUGAACAGAUAACAAUGAAAGUAAAAAAAUUUUUCGAUAGUAUUCGACGUUUAUCGUCAUCAUCACCAUCAUCAUCAACAACAACAUUUAAUCAACGAAGAUUAUCAAUGGCUUCGAUACAAUCAAUGCCAUCGAUUCGUGUUAUACGUGGUGGUUAUAAUAUUGAUCUACAAAAAGUUGAUUCAUCAUUUACCAAAUUACAUAAAGCAGUUUAUUUAAAUAAUGUUGAUCGUGUACGUAAACAUUUACGUACAAUUAAUGUUAAUUCAAUGGAUAAUUUUAAACGUACACCAAUGCAUUAUGCAUCAUGUAAUGGAAAUUUAACAAUAAUUAAACAAUUAAUGUCGACCGGUGCAAAUCUUGAUAUACAGGAUUGUGAUGGCCGUACACCAUUAAUAAAAGCUGUUGAAUGUUGUCAUAAUGAUAUUGUACGAUUAUUGGUUAAUGCCGGUGCUAAAGUUGAUCUUGCCGAUAAUGAACAUGGUAAUACGGCAUUACAUUAUUCAUUACUUAAUGAUAAUCUUGAUGCUGCCCUAUAUAUUAUUAGUAAUGCUAUGAAUAUUGAUUAUAAUAAACGUAAUCAUAAAAAAGAAACCUAUCUACAUUUGGCUGCCAAAGUUAAAAGUCUUUAUCGUGUAAUUGAACCAUUAAUUGGUAAUGGUAUCGAUAUUGAAGCUGUUGAUGAAUUUGGACGUAAUGCAGCACAAAUAGCUCAAUUACAUGAUAAUCGUGAUUCAUUUGCAUUAAUUACUGCCUAUAUUCAAGCUAAAAAUAGACCUUGUGAUGAUAAUAGUGCCUUUGAUGAAGAUCUUGAUGGUGAUCCUGGUACUAAUGAAAUUGAAUUACAACAAAAACAACAUCAACAUCCACAUACACAAAGAUCAUUAUCAACAAAUUUAUCGGAUAAAUUUUCAAUACAAUCAAUGCCGCCCUCUUGUAGCCAACAAUCAAUUCAAUCAUCAACAUCAUCAUCGUUCAUAGCAAAAAGACCGAAUAGUGAAAAAUCUAAACGACCGGAUGAUGAUGAUGCUGAAAAUGAUAAUGAAAAGAAAACAAUUAACGAAACAGAUUCAACGAUUGAUCGUCGUUUAUUACGUUAUCAUCGAUAUUCAGGUUAUUUUGAAAAUAAAGAUUGGAAAUUAAAUCAACAGCUACAAUUACAAUCUAUUAAUAAUGAUGAUAAUGAUCAACAAAAACAACAACAAGAUAAAUCAUCAUCAUUAUCAUCAACACCAUUAUAUGAAAAGAGUAAAUCACAUAAUCAAACACGAUCAAGUUAUUAUGAUCCAGUAAUAUCAUCAACAUCAAAAUUGAAAAAAACAUUUCAACAACGUCAAUCAUUUACAAAUUUAAUGAUGAUACAAUCAUUAGAUGAUCAAGAUAAUGAUAAUAAUGAACAUAUUUAUGGUAAUGUUUCAAUACCGACGUCACCAACAACACCCCCGCCACCACCACCACCACCAAGAAGAUCAUCAUUAACAAAUCAUGGUAGUAAUAGUAGUAGCAAUGAUAGUGUUAUUCUAAAUUCUAUUGUACCGGAAGAUGAAAUUGUUACAAAUUUUACCGCUACUACUACUACAACUACUACAACUACUAUCGCUAAGGCUGCUAAUAAUAAUUUAGAAAAUAUAUCCGAUUUUGAUGAAAUUAUUGAUAAUGAUAAAGAUAUCAUUAUAAAUAAUGAUAUAUUAUUGAUGAAUGAAUAU